AUGUUCUCGCUGCUGGGCGCACCCUUUGGUGUACCGGGUAUUAACUACGUGACAGUGUUAAGUAUGAUGCACUGCACGCCUGAUGCAACUCGUCGUGCGUUGGGGUAUUAUCGCAGCAUUUCUGUGGCGACGAUCGAGGACUCUUUCUACGGUGUGAUGAUAGGCAACCUCAUUAUUACCUGUGGCGUGCUGUUGGUGCAUUUUUUGGUGAUUCUGUCGUUGAAGUGGAAAGGCAAAGGUUCAUGGACGAGGACGGCGGAACGCUGCUUUUUUCCUGGCAUUCCGUUACUUUUUCUUGUGAAUCUGUUUGUGGGGACCUCCUUUGCGUCAAUGCAGGGGCUUUCAUCCAAGGUAGGGUCUACGCUGGUGCUGAGCAUCGUCAUGCUUCUGCUGUUUGUCGGCGGCCUCAUUGUGGUCCUUUGUGUGUCGAUGGCGAAGGCACGAUUGACAUUUUAUCCCAUUCUGUCUUUGGAGGGCACUACUCUGCUGAGCAAAAACUCGUGUAUGUCAAUGUUGGCUGCUGGAUGGUUGUUGCGCGUGGGCGGCUUUUGGCUACCGGCUACGGUGGCAAAUGGCUUUUUCCUGCUGUUGAUGAAUCUGCGUCGGUCCCGCGUAGUGUGGGUAACGUUGUGGCUGUGGGCGCCCUUGGUUGUUGCUGUGUUUGCGGCACUUCCGGCGCAGACAGCCGCUGGUUGUAUCGCUAUUCAUGUUGUGCUUAUUUUAUGUCACUUAAUUUUUUUUGGGGCCGUUGCGGUGUUCCGUCCGCUCAUCUCGCCGCUGGAUAACGGCUACUAUCUCCUUGUGGUGCUUGUGAGCGUGUGGCUUCUCGCUGCCGACAUCGAACUCCUCCUGCAUCCCGACAAUGAACCUGCUCUGUUUGCCGCUUGCACUGCUGCCAUUGUUGCUAUCGUCGCGUUCUUUGUGUACAUCGUUCUGAAGACGCUGCAGGUGAUUGCGUUUGCCAGAAGGAAAUGGGCGGGUGCGGAUGUGCGUUGA